GUCAUCUCAAAAUCUCGACCCUUUCGCCUUCGACGAAGCCAACAAAAGUCCUGUCUGGAUGAUGUGUAAUCGUUAAGGAAAAUUUCGCCAGGAUCUUAUCAGUGGUACAUCUGCAGCAGAAAAAAUGCCCAUUCUAGGGCAAAUUCUAACUUUCGAUUGCGGCUAUCAUCCCUGCUGUUUUGCAAUGCGAAAUUAGCGCAGCAAACGGUAUACGAGAUUGGAAACAUUCAUCACUAUCUGCUUUGCAACAACCUACACGACCUACACCCGAUUGCAUUGUCGUCGUCAUCAUCGAUUUCUUAUCCUAUCUUUGAGCACUGCGCUGAGCUUCAAGAUGUUUAACGUGUUCAAAAAAUUAGCCACCAAAAAUGACGGCCCCCAGGCGAUGGGUGGCUCGUCAACGCUGCCGGAAUCCGUUGGCCAGCAGAUGUCCGACUCGCUCAAGAAGAAAUUUUCCCGAGGAGUGCAGUAUAACAUGAAAGUUAUCAUCAAGGGCGAUCGCAAUGUUGGAAAAUCUUGUCUAUUGGAACGGUUACAAGGUAAAGCGUUUCUCGAGCAGUACAACCCGACGGAACAGAUUCAGGUGGCAUCGAUUCAAUGGUCCUUCAAGGCCACAGACGACAUCGUUAAGGUCGAAGUUUGGGACGUUGUCGAUCGUGGAAAAUCGAAGCAGAAAACCGGAGCCCUCAAGCUCAACACAGAUUCUCUCGCUGAAGACAUCCCGGUGCUGGAUGCCGAAUUUCUCGAUGUCUACAAGGGAACCCAUUGUGUUGUGAUGAUGAUGGACAUAACGAAGGCAUGGACGUUCGAUUAUGUAUGUCGAGAAUUGCCCAAAGUUCCGAGUGAUAUUCCAGUUCUGUUGCUGGGAAAUCAUUGUGAUAUGGGUCAUCAUCGGGUGGUCAGCAAGGACCAGAUUCAGGGAUUCAUUGAUGAAGCGUGCCAAUCACGUGCUGCUGAAAUUAUCUACGGCGAUAGUUCUAUGAGAAACGGUUUUGGCCUUCGAUUAUUGCACAAAUUUUUCGGAAUACCAUUUCUGUAUUUGCAGAAGGCAGCUCUGGAAGCGUCUAUGAAAAAAAAUGAACAGGACACAGACAUCUGCCGACUAGAGAUUAAUGAAUUCCUUAAUUCAACAGAAUCUGAUUAUACUAAUUUCCUUGAAAACUUGAUAAGCCGUAAGAAAGCUAAGGAAAGUAUUUCGGCUCCCAGUACACCUAUGGAGUCGGUUCCCCGUCCGACUAAAAGUAUCAUCCUCGGAGGUGGUCAUCCGAUAAUCGUUCCGGAUAAAAAUAGCCACCUGGCGGUUGCUUCCACUUCAGCCGUUAACACUGCCAAGGUUCUAGCACCGAAGGUGACCACUCCAGCCCCAUCUCAGCAAGUUUCCCCAGGAAUUGAUGCCCUCAGGAUUCCCAAAAGUGCUACCAUCGGUGCGAUUGUGCAGGAGAGUAAUAAGAAUUCAGCUUUCGGUUCCCCUUCCGCAAAAAUAAGCAAUGUCGACGAGUUCUGUCCCGAUGGCGGUGUAUUGGACAAAUCGUUCCUAGACGAUGUUGACGGAGGAAACGGAAUGGAAGCGAAUGUUGCCGUUGAAUCGGAAAGCGAUGAUGAUACGAACCACAAUCCGCUAGUGUCAAGGUUCGAUGAUGAUAUGGGCGGCGAUCAGCAUGAGCUGGAUAUGGCCACUUCCAAACAUUCCUCAGCAUCGGCAACCAGGAGGCAACCCCUGUCUGGCUUCGAGAAACUAGAUCAAGCUCCAUCGCCGAAUCCGGUCGUAGUCGAUCGCACAUUUUCUCUUUCCAGUAUGGAGUUAGAGCUAGACCGGGUCCAUCUGAAAGAUGGCAAAUCUUCCAUUGGAGAUCCGGACGAGAUUGGUUCACUGAAUGGUAGCGAAACGUGGUCCCUCGACACUAAGGAACGUCGAUCACCCGAAGGCGGUGAAGAUGUUAGCUCGAACGUGUCUGUCACUUGCGUUAAAAGUAGCAGCAGUAAGAAGAGUAAAGAUAAGGACAAGGACAAGGACCGAAGUUCGAAACACAAGAAAUCCAAAAAGUCUACCCGAGAAAAGGACGAAUCCCGAGAGGAGCGACGUCGCAAGCGAAAGUCUCACGUGGAAGAUUUCGUGCAGGAGAUGAAAUCUAGCGAGGACUUCAGCAAAGACGAUGCUUACGAAUCGAUUUGAAAGGACUUAUUAGCCAAUCUAGUGCAAAUGGAUGCCGCUUGUUCUCGUAUGUACUUCAUAGAUGAAAUCACUCAAAUUACACUGUUCUGAGACUGAUCGAAUCAUCAGAAAGCUUCUUCUUCUUAACUAUGAGUAUAAAUGUUAACAUGAAUUAUUUUAUUAUUAUAAGUGAUAGAGGGAAUAUUUACCCAGCAAAAGUAAAAACACAUUGAAAUUAUGGUUUCUACUUCAUUAGAUUUGUCUAUCCCCCAUCGUAGCGAAUGGUUUAUAACUGAAUGUGCAUCUGAGGAAGAAUUAAUAAAUUUUAUUGUACGUUAAAAAUUGUGUACCUACAUU